AUGCCUCCUCCUCUAUCCUAUCCUGCCCUGAAACUUGUAUUGGAGUAUUUGGAAGCGAACAAACGUAGUGCUCUUCAAAAAAUCGAUUAUCUAAUUCCUCUUCGCGCCGGAAAUCUCACUGCAUGGAAAGAUUACCGUGUUUCCCUGGACGAAUUAGAAUACAGCGCGGACUAUAAGCACGUGUAUAUAAAUUGGAAAACAGAUAGAGAAGAGUACGAACUCUUAAAGGUUCAUGUAGCAAAAAAAAAAUUAAUGAAGAAGUAUUUGGAAGGGAGACCUAAUAUCCACGUGGGUUGCGUUCAUUUCAACUAUGUGAAGGGUUAUGAACAAGUUCCCCUGAAACUAAACUUGAUUACUAAUAAAUUGGAAACAUUCUGUUGUUCCGUUGUUUUCACGAAUUUUCUUCCCAUCCUCGAUGCCCGCAGCUUCCCAUUAAAAAAACUGGAGAUUGCUCAAGAGAACACAAUCGAUAUUGAUCAUCCAGUUGUUAAUACUACUGAAGACGUGAUUCUUCAGUUUAUUCAACCGAACGAACCGAUGAACGGAAUUGAAAAACUUCAGAGAAAGAAAUUGACAAUUCAGAAUAUUAUGGAUGGAAACGUUGAUGCAGUGAAAAUUAUCAAGGACUGGAUGAAUAACGGGAGGGAAGUUGGAACGGAGUAUUUGCUCUCUUUCUCUUUUGAUAUUUAUUUCGGACAAACGCUGAGAGAUUUGAAAAAAGAGUUCAAUGAGUUCCAAAACAUGAAGGGGAUCAAUGGGCGGUUUCUCAGGGGAGCAUCACGGUUUUUGAUUCCAAUGAGCCCAACAUCAAAGAUUAUCAUCUAUGGAACUCGGAUACAGUCAAAGGGCAAUACCGUCUAUCAACUUGUGUUAAAGGUGGUCUCUACGGAUUAG